UUGAUAUCAAAGUCCAUAUUAUACACAAUUUUUAACAUUGAAGCGGACAUAUUUUAACCUGUGAAACAAUUUAAGGAUUUUGUAAGGUAAACCAUGGCAGUCCAAGGAAAAAAAGGAUCAAAUCAGUUUUUAUCAUCGACAACAUCCUUGGCAUCAGAUGAAGAUCUUCAAGUGUACUGCCAGCCUUGUGAUGAGGAAGGAACCCGACUCCCUGCCCAUGGUUUCUGCACUGAUUGCAAGGAACACCUUUGCAAGACAUGCCUUACAGUCCAUAAAAAACUUAAAUCUACAAAACAUCAUACAGUUCUAGAUGCUACAAUUAUGCCUAAAGUUUUGCAGCAACCCUCAACAUCCAUCUACACAAGUCAGUCUGAUGAUCUUACAACACCAUGUUGUAAACAUCCACAAGAAAUCAUUAAAUUCUACUGCAAUGAUCAUAAAAAUUUACUUUGCAGUGUUUGUGUUACCCUUGAACACCCAGCUACUAUCUGCAAAGUUGAUUAUAUACCUGAUACUUCUGGUAAUAUAAUAGACAGCAAAGAAUAUCAAGUUGUCUUGAAAGCACUUAAUACAACUUUUGACCAAUAUCAACAGAUGGAAGAGGAUGUCAAGGAAAUGACAGCGAAAUCAAACAGAUCACUAAAAGGUGCACUAGAAGAUAUUAAAAAGUUUCGGAAAGAAAUAAACCAGAGACUUGAUGAACUGGAGAGACAAGUUGUGCAUGUAGUCAAGGUCACAGAACAAGAAAAUAACUCAAAUAUCACAGCAGUAGAAACAGCGAAUGAAGAAGUUACCAAUACUUUGAAGAUAUCUUCAGAAAAAAUUAAACAGCUUAAUACAUCAAAACAAGCUAAUACACUGUUUAUGGAGCUUAAGCGUGCAGAAAAAAUGAUGGAAGAUGUUAAGAAAACUGCACCUCAGCUUUCAUCAUAUGAUGUCAAAGAGCACCACUUUAAAGAAAAUGAAACAUUAUUAACUAAGCUUAAAACUGAGAAGUCACUUGGUAUAUUGACUCACAAACCCUUACAUAAAGAAUGUCAACCUGUACAAAUAAAGUCUAGACAAUCUUCAUAUGAGGGAAAAAUCUGUGUGCAGACAUCAAAAGAUAAAAAUACAUGCUGGAUAACAGGAAUGACUCUGCUGACUCCUGAUCUUCUUAUUAUCACUGACUACUUUGACAAUGCUGUAAAGAUGGUGGAUACUAGAAUUAAAUCUGUGUCUGAUCAAAUACAAUUAGAUGAUAGACCAUGGGAUAUCACGAGAGUAACCAGUACUGAACUUGCAGUCACACUUCCUAACAAACAGAAAAUACAGUUUACAUCAAUUUCAUCAAACAAACUCAAAAAGAGGCACACUGUGAAGGUUGAUGGGGAAUGUUCUGGUAUAAGCUGUUUUCAAGGUAAACUUGUUGUGUCAUUCGAAAAUCCUGCAAAAGUUCAGAUCCUUGAUAUGAAUGGCACUAUACUGACAGCAAUUGAUGGAAAAAAUAUUUUUAAAUGUCCAGAUUAUGUCACAUGUAACAGAAGUUAUAUCUAUGUAUCUGACUGUGACAUGAAGACAGUAACAAGAUUAAACUGGCAAGGUGAUGUGAUUGGUAGUUAUAGUCGUAUGAGUAGGCCUAAAGGAAUAUCACUGUCUGAUGAUGGUACUGUCUUUGGGUGUGACUGGUACGGAGAAAAGUUAAGAAGAGAUACAGGAGCACUUCUACCGGAAAAUCGUUUAGGAGAAUCUAAAAGAAACUCUAAAUUGUGUUGUUGGAUAAAACAAAGAAUCAACUAG